CCAUGCCCGGCCGGCGAGAGAGCGAGGAGACAGCGGCUCCCCUUAAGAAGCAGGAGCAGGAGCAGGAGCAGGAGGAGGAGGAGGAGGACGAGCGGGGGACGUGGAACAGCAAGUGGGACUACUUCCUGUCGCUCUCGGGCCUCGCCAUCGGCCUCGGGAACGUGUGGCGGUUCCCGUACCUGUGCUACAAGAACGGCGGAGGCGCCUUCCUCGUGCCCUACCUCAUCAUGCUCGCCCUGGUCGGCCUGCCUCUCUACCUGCUGGAGACGGGCGUGGGGCAGUUCAGCUCGGGAAGCCCCAUCACCAUUUACCGGGUGUGUCCCAUAUUCAAAGGAAUUGGCAUCGCAGCAACCCUGGCUCGUAUGUACUUAGAAACGUACUAUAGCGUGGUGGUUUCCUAUCCUCUCGUCUUCUUGUACAACCUGGUGGGCAUAGGCUUACCCUGGGCGACUUGUGACAACACUUGGAACACCGAGAACUGUUCCCAAUUAGUUGUGGAGAACAACACAUACCAAGAAAUAUCUACACAUACGCGUUCACCAGCUGACGAAUUCUUUCAUUACCAGAUCCUGCACAUAUCCUCUGGCGUCGACGAGACCGGGGGCUUCGUCCUGCCCGUCGUGUUGGCAACAGUGUUCGUGUGGAUCCUCGUGUUCCUCAGCAUCUUCAAGGGGAUUAGGGUCACAGGGAAGCUCGUAUGGUUCACCGUGACCUUCCCGUUCGUGAUGCUCCUCAUAUUGUUCUUGAGGGGCGUGACACUCCCGGGGGCGUGGGAUGGGAUCUACUACUACAUCUACCCUGACUUCAAGAAACUCGCGAGGCUGCAGGUAUGGGGCGACGCCGCCUCCCAGAUCUUCUUCAGCCUCGGCGCGGGGGGUGGCGCUCUCGUCUCCCUCGGCUCCUACAACAAAUUCCGCUACAACUGCCUCCGCAACGCCUGCAUCGUCCCGGUCCUGAAUUCGGCCACCUCGGUCUUCGCUGGAUUCGUCGUGUUCUCAGUCCUGGGGUUUAUGGCCCACCAGACGGGGGUCCCGGUCGAGGAGGUGACCACUGGAGGACCUGGGUCACGCUCGCCUUCUGCGUUGGCCUGUGUCUCGUGGCUCUCAGCUGCUGCACGAAGGUCAGGGAUUGUCUGGCGUUGGGUGAGGGGUCAGAGGGCAAAUGGAGGAAUGUACGUGAUCCAACUCCUGGACACCUACUGCGCCCCCUACACCUUCAUCUUCGUGGGCCUCUGUGAAAUGCUCGUCUUCGGAUAUUCAUACGGUGUUGGUCGCCUGAUAAGAGACAUACAAAUGAUGACAGGAAAGGUUGUACCAUAUUUUUGGUACGUAACUUGGUUAGCCAUCACACCGUCUGUGCUGGCAUUCAUCUUCGUCAACAUCUUCGCCCGGAGUUCGCCCGUGAGCUACCGCGGGGUCGAGCUCCCCGCUUGGGCUCAGGCACUCGGCUGGGUCAUCGCUGGGACGUCCAUGCUCACGGCGCCCCUGUAUGCGCUGUCCUUCCUCGUCUGCGGGAGCUCGGGGUCGUUCCAUAAGCGCCUCUCCACCGGCCUGGGACCCUCCGACGACUGGGGACCGGGCCUGGAGAGGUUCAGAACCCUGUGGGCGGAGUAUUGCUCCCGGAAUCCGCUCCGUCACCGCCUCCUCCACCCUGGGCCGCCGGUGGAUCAGUGUUACCAACUGAAGCACGUGGAUAAUGCAGAACCUUGCGAACGACUUAUAAACGAAGGGACUGAGCAGUUGCCGUUCACGCCGGAGGAGGUUAAGAUUUGUCAAGUGUAGGGCUUGAUUUUUCCUUUUUUUUUUUCUUAUCUAGAGGGGGAAAAAGAGAGAAAAGUAAUGGAGGUAGUCUGAAGAAAAGGAGUAAGGUUGUGUCCAUUUUUAUCCACGGUUGUGUUUUAAUUUUUCCUCAAUUUUAUAGAUGUUACAUUUUUUUCUUUGGGUUGUGAGAGCCUGGCGUUCCGAGCUGUUGACGAGGGGCGUGGAUGUGCAUGAGCGAAGACCUUAGCAAACGCAGGAUUUCAAGAACACAUUUUCAUCUGUCUGAGGGAGUGCUUAGUACGAAAACAAAAAAAAAUCACACUUCAUA